AGCAUAUAGUAUUUAUUUACAAAUUUAUAACUAUGAUUUCUGUCCUGCAUUAAAGACGUAUUAUGUCACAGUGUUUAUGUACAUAAGUUCGAAUGUGUUUAAAUAUUCAAUAAAUAUUAUACUAUUGCGUUUUGAUUGGGUUUAAUAUAAAUAUCGAGCAAAUUAAAAUCAUGAUACCUGAAUUUUGCGUAUUUUAUGGUGUAUUAACUUUUUCUUGGAUAGAAUUCCUAUGGGAACAGUACUUAACGCUAAGACAGAGACGUGUAUAUAAAACUACAGACAAAAUACCUGAAAGAUUAACCGGUGUACUAGAUGUGGAAACAUUUAUCAAGGCAAAGUCCUAUGGUAUUGACAAAAAUAGCUUUAGUAUUGCUGAAGAAUGGUUUCAUAUGAUAAUUUCAACUGGUUUCAUCUGUUUGAAUGGAUUCACAUUGUUAUGGAAUUUCAGCAAAUAUUGUUUGAUUGAGACUCGUUAUUAUGAUAGUGAAAUCAUGACCAGUUGCGUAUUUCUUCUAUGUAUGAAUACCCUAGGUACAUUAAUGUCUUUGCCAAUCUCAGCAUAUAGCACUUUUAUUAUAGAAGAAAAACAUGGGUUUAACAAACAAACUUUAAAUUUCUUCGUUAAAGACAAGAUUAAGAACUUUUUAUUGGUUCAAGUGAUUUCAUUACCAAUAACUGCAGCAGCAAUCACUAUUGUUAAAUGGGGUGGACGUUAUUUCUUUAUCUGGCUGUGGGUAUUUGCUGUAGUAACUUCAUUGUUCAUCAUGACAAUAUAUCCAGAAUUUAUUGCUCCGUUGUUCGACAAAUAUACACCAUUACCUGAUGGUGUUUUGAAGACUAAAAUUGAAGAGCUGGCAAAGCAAGUCAAAUUCCCUCUUUACAAAAUUUAUAUUGUAGAAGGUUCUAAGCGAUCAGCUCAUAGCAAUGCAUAUUUUUAUGGAUUUUUCAAUAACAAACGUAUUGUGUUGUAUGAUACAUUAUUGAAAGAUAGCAAAGAUAUUAUGAAUAACAAAACAAUCAUAGACGAAAAUGCUCAAGGUGAUAAAAUCGAAGAAAAGGGAAAAGGGAUGAAUGAUGAGGAAAUUUUGGCAGUCUUAGGUCAUGAACUCGGUCAUUGGAAGCUAAACCAUAUUUUAUUUUAUCUUAUAAUAUCUCAGGUAAAUUUAUUUGUUAUGUUAUUUGUCUUUGGAUGGUUGUACGACCAUUCAAUGUUAUACCGAGCAUUUGGAUUUUAUGAGUCAGCCCAUCCAGUUAUCAUUGGUCUAGCAAUUAUUUUUCAAUAUGUGUUCUCUCCAUACAACACUGUUAUAUCAUUUGCUAUGACUACACUUAGUAGACAAUUGGAGUUUCAAGCUGAUGCUUUUGCUAAAAAGCUUGGAUAUGCAAAGCCACUUGAAUCUGGAUUAAUACGUUUACACAAUGAUAAUUUAGGAUUUCCUGUUUAUGAUUCUUUAUUCUCGGCUUGGCAUCAUACUCAUCCUCAACUAUUGGAAAGAUUGGAAGCAAUCUCUAAGACAGACUGAAUAUUUAAUGUUAAAUUAAAAAGUACACACAAUUCCGAUUUAAGAUUAAGCAGUGUUUCUUAUAAUAUAAUAUUUUUAAUUUUUACAUUCUUCAGUUAAGUUACGAGGUAUCAUUUGUUGUGUGAGUGUGCGCAAAUCUUCUAGUCGACACGGCUGUGGACAACCUGGUAAUUCAAUUAAUUCAAUGUUUGAUUCUUUCCAUUCAUAGUCUCUGUUGUAUAAUAGCUAGUUUUUUUUUUAAUUAAUAAACUAUUAAUCAUUUAUUACCACGAAUUUA